GUUGCGUUGUAAAUACAGUUGGUUUAUGGUUAUACACAGCAGCCUAGAGUCUGUUAGAGAGUGAAGGGAACAAAAAUGAGUUCACCAAACCUUGAACAGAGACUUCAAACGUUAGCACGACACUUCAGACUCCAGAGACAAGUCAAACCGGGUGUACCAACCACCACCACCGCCGGUUCGACCGGCCGAGCUGCCGUUCUGGUGUGUCUCUUCCAAGGCGACGACGGUGACCUGCGGGUCAUUCUAACAAAGCGAGCCUCAACUCUCUCUUCUCACUCUGGCGAAGUUUCGCUCCCCGGCGGGAAAAGAGAGGAGGGUGACGGUGAUGACGUGGACACGGCUCUCCGGGAGGCCAAGGAGGAGAUUGGAUUGGAGCCUUCACAUGUCGAUGUUGUUGCUGUUCUUGAACCCUUUGUGAACAAGCAAGGAAUGCCAGUUAUUCCGGUUGUUGGCAUACUUAAUGUAAAGGAAGCUUUCAAGCCAUCUCCAAAUCCGGCUGAAGUGGAGGCAGUAUUUGAUGCUCCGAUGGAAAUGUUCAUCAAGGAUGAGAACCGGAGAGUAGAGAUGAGAGAGUGGAUGGGGAACAAGUAUCUGAUUCAGAUCUUUGACUAUGAAAUGAAGAAUAAGAAGUACAAAAUAUGGGGGUUAACUGCUAGUAUAUUGAUAAGGGCUGCAUCAAUUGUAUAUGAACGGCCACCACCUUUUGUAGAGCAAAAUCCCAGUUAUAAGGUUGCUUUUAGUGUAGAAAGUGAAGAUAAUCAAAUGGGUUCAAGCAACCUUGAACAGAGACUCCAAAUUUUAGCACAAGAUUUUAGACUCCAGAAACCAGUCAACCCUGGUCUAUCACCUACCAGUACAACUGGCUUGAUCAAAAGAGCUGCGGUUCUGGUGUGUCUGUUCCAAGGGGAAGAGGGUGACCUGCACGUUAUUCUCACAAAGCGAGCCUCAACUCUCUCUUCUCACUCUGGUGAGGUGGCUCUCCCCGGCGGUAAAAGAGAGCAAGGUGAUGCUGAUGAUGUGGACACAGCUCUCCGGGAGGCCAAGGAAGAGGUUGGCUUAGACCCUUCCCAAGUCAACAUUGUCACCAUUCUUGAACCUUUUGUAAACAAGCUAGGUAUGACAGUGGUUCCUGUAAUUGGCUUACUUUCUAACAAGGAAGCAUUUAAUCCAGCUCCAAAUGCUGCAGAAGUGGAAGCAAUCUUUUAUGCUCCAUUAGAAAUGUUUCUCAAGGAUGAGAACAGAAGAGCAGAGGAGAGAGAAUGGAUGGGAGACAAAUAUCUGUUACAACAUUUCUACUUUGAAGAUCAUGGUAUAGAGUAUGACAUAUGGGCUAUAACUGCUGGAAUUCUGAUCAAGGCUGCUUCGAUUGUCUACCAGCGCCAGCCAGCAUUUCUUGAACAGAGACCGAAAUUUUGGAGUGGAACUGCUCAUAAUACCACAGCGUAGGUUCAAUGGCAUGUUAUUGUUUCUCAUGUAAUACAUAUAUAGACAUUUACAAACUGCAUUGCUUGAACUGCAAUUUAAAUGUCCAUGUAUACAGUUCGGGAAGAGUGUUAAGACAUCUCCUGGCUGAGUUAGUUCAAUUCAGAUUAUCUCAGAAAGAAAACGAUCUA